CAUCAAAUCAACGUGCAACUGGAUAUUCUUCAAAAAAGCCUAGCAGUAUGAUCAUGAUUCUCAGCCUUGGGCUCCUCUCUCUUCUUCUCCCCUUAUCUCAAGCUAGUCCUGUAUCUACAGUCAGCACCCACGCCUUUGAUUUGGGCCCACUAGACUCCUGCAGCCUUCCAACCAGCCAGCAACUCGGUAGCUGCAGCGGAAUAGUGAACUAUGAUGUACCUAGCGUUCUACUCUCAGACAAGAUCUUGGCCAUAAAGCACAAGAGGAUAGCUGGCUAUUGGUCUCAAGGGGUCAGUAAUGAGAUGCAGGGAACCGGUAACGGAACCCAGGCUGAGGUUUGUGGUAAUUGGAUUUUGGCUCAGAAAUGCAGGGAAGAAUUCCCUCCUUGCGACCAAGCGACGACAACCAAUAAAACUGUCUCUUUCUCGACCUCAUCCUGUAGCAGCCACCCAUGCAUCAAUUAUGAGCCUUCCUGUGGUCUAUCUGCUUCUACAACAGUUUCAUUGACAUCCUGUCAUGCAGUUACAUCUUUUACCGAUUACAACUACAACUAUUGCAACUCUCUUUCUGGCUGGUCUACCUCUUACAUCACCAAAUGGAUGCACGUUCUUCUGCAAGAAGUAGAAAACGACGUGUCUGAAUUUGAGACUACAUUCACUACUGAGAUUGGAAGACAAAUAUGUCUUCCACUGUAUGCAGAGCUCCUGUGUGGAUCUGUUGGACGCUGCUCUGAGCAAGGGACCAGAGCUGAACUGAAUGCUACUAGAGAAGUCUGUACUACAUUGAUGAACUGUGUUGGUAAUAAUCAAAAAAUGUUACUCUUAAAGUUCAUAAAUUGCUCGAACUACAUCAGCGUCAGUGACAAAGAAGCAACAAUGGCUACGCCUAUAACAGAUCCCACAACUGCCCCUCCACCAACAACAGAGGGGCCACCAGUAACAGAUGGAACUCCUAAUACAAUAAGCUCUUCCACAUCUCAACCUCCUACUACAAGACCAAUGACUAGUACAGCAACUGGUCCUCCGGUAGUAACCUUUCCUGGAAGAGCUGUCUCUGCUGCUUCUUCUCUUAGCUCCAGAUUCUCUGUACUGCUAAGUUUAUUGUUAUGUAUCGUACUUGCUGUUAUUGUAUUAUAAUAGACUUAUACAUUCAACAAACUGUGUCACUUUAUCCCCUCUAUAUUAUUAUCAUAAUACUUGAUUAACUGGCUGUCAUUAUUAUAAUGCUAAUCCCUCUCUUCUUUAUUUAACCUUCAUUAUUGUUGUGUUCUUUAUUAUUAUUAUUAUGAUGCACAGUUACUGAUUAUAAUUAAAGAGACUAA